GCCAGCAGCGGUGUGCGAAAAUCUCGCAAUUUCUUUAUUUUUCUGAACUGAAAAAAAGUGUACUGCCGUUUGUUCCGGAUUUGUUCAAUGUUAAAAGUGUAGAAAACGUGUAUUCGCCAGUUUGAAGACGGUGCCUCUGUCUUUGGCCGAUAGUCUCCAGUCUUUUUUUUUUGCGUAUUUUGGUUCGAUGUUAUAGGAAAUAUCUGACCGUGAGUAGGUUUUGCGGUAUAAUUGGCAGGCGGAGAAAAUCCGGGAAGGUGAGUGUUGUGACGCAGCUAGCACUGGUCGAAGAAGCAGGAUCCGUGUUCGCUCGGGAGAAUCAGACUUACUUGCCCGUGCGUGCAAGUGUGCUGUGCAAACACCAGAGGGAAUUCUGACGUCCCACACGAAGGUGCAACUUGAUCUGCCCCGUCUUGAAGCGGCAGAAAAGAGACAGUAGGACGUUAUUGAAGAAAGGAACGAACUAUCGUCGAUCCGAGGGUCCGCGAGUCGGCAGGAGGUUUCCAACGCGUCAGCAGACGAGAGGGUCCCUUCUACUGAGAUGCUUCGCAGGAGGAAGUGAGUGGAAUUUUUUUUUCGAAAAAAAUAAAUAUUCAACAUCCUUAAAGCCUUCCUACCACAAGGAAGGAAGUCAUUCACUGUACAAGAAGUCGCUCUUCGGUUGGUGUAGUAUUGAUUGUGCGAAAAAAAACGCGAGCGAAAAUUGAUAGCAGUGGAGAGUGAUAAUAGCAGCAGAAACCAGUGACAAGAGAACCGAGGCAAGCAAGCAAGCAAGAAGAAGCACAAGAAAACGAACAACCUGAAGAAGCCAGAAUAUGAUAAUGUGAUGAUAUAAGACAAGUUUUUUUUCUUCUGUUGCUUUCGCGAAACUCUGCUGCUGCUAGUGUGUGCCCGAUUCCCGCUGAUAAGAGGCCCAAUUGUAUGUCCCAUUUCAAUCUAAGACCAAACUUCAUGAGCAUGUGCCCCGGCUGCCAUCACUUCCAACGAAGAGUGUGACUAUCGUCCUUUUGGCUGGCGUUGGAGUAGUGGCAAAAGGAAGCAAACAAAGUGACGACGGCGGAGUUCCUCUUUCGACCUACAACCGAGCGCGAGGCAGGAGGAGCUGAGCUUUUUGCUGUGCUGUUGCGCGCCCACCCACUGGAAGAAGAGGAAUUAGUGGCCGGAAAAGGAACUGUGUUGUAAUAGUCGUGUAUUUAAGGUGCGGAAGUGCCUUUUUCAUCAAAGAGCAAAGAGUGCCGUCGUAAAUAGGACAAGUUAAAGGGGUUGAAAAAAACGAGUGCUAUUUAUUGCCGGGUCCCAAGCCGGCUGGUACGGUUUUGUUGAAACAAAAAAAAAGUGCAGUGUGGUGACAUUUUCGUUUCGGUUUUUCUUUUUUCGCUCGCUUUUCGAGACAGCGUGACGCAGAGAGUUUAGGCUGAAGCAGCUCCACUACGGCAGCGGGCAAUCGAUAGCCAGUAAAACUGGAGAACGUAAAUUAGCAAAUUGGUUAACACGUGGCAGGCAGGUUGAGCGGACAGGAAGAUGGGCCGGAAAAAGAUACAGAUCUCACGGAUAACGGACGAGCGGAACCGGCAGGUGACGUUCAACAAGCGGAAGUUCGGUGUGAUGAAGAAAGCGUACGAGCUGUCGGUGCUGUGUGACUGCGAAAUCGCCUUAAUCAUCUUCAGCAGCAGUAACAAACUGUACCAGUAUGCCAGUACCGACAUGGACAAGGUCCUGCUCAAGUACACCGAGUAUAACGAACCGCACGAGUCGCUGACGAACAAGAACAUAAUCGAGUUGCAGGUAAACGCGCAGAAGGAGAACAAAAACGGAACAAUGUCACCGGACUCGCCGGAACCGGACGACAGCUACACGCUAACCCCGCGCACCGAAGCCAAGUACAACAAGAUCGACGAGGACUUUCAGAUCAUGAUGCAACGCAAUCAGCAGCUGUCCGCCAGCGGACGAGUCAAUAUGGGCAACAAUAGCUACUCGCUGCCGGUGUCGGUCCCGGUGAUCGGAACCUACAACGAUUCCAGCAUGUUGCAAAGCAGUCCACAGAUGGCACACAAUAGUAUUAGUCCGCGGCCUUCCAGUUCCGAGACGGAUUCGGUUUACCCAUCCGCUGGUCUGUUGGAAAUGUCAAAUGGAUACCCGCACUCGGCGUCGCCCCUCGGAGGAUCUCCCAGUCCCGGGCCCAGUCCAGGUAUUGGCACGCACCAGCAUAACAAUAGUAACAACCAUAACCAUAAUCAUAACAAACUGCAACAUCAAUCGAUGAAACAAAAUUCUCCGGGCAGUUCCAGCGCGCGGUCAUCAAACCUUCGGGUGGUAAUACCGACGCCCAUGAAUCCGACCAUCAACACCGACGAUAUUUCCUAUGUAGAGCAACACGCACGGCAACAAGGGGGCAAUCUGAACACUCCGGUGGUGGCACUGCAAACGCCGAUACCCGGUCUGUCCAACUACACCACCACGCUCGGUUCGUUCGGUGCGCAGGAUUUCUCGAUCAAUUCCGACCUGAGUAUGAUCGCCUGGGGUGCGGCGACCAAUGCCCACGCGCAGAAUGCCAUGAAUUCGCUGGGGCAACACUCGAGAAUCUUUUUCAGUAGCGGUCUACCCCAUCUAGCCGUGUCGAACAGCACUCCCCCGCCGUCCACUUCGCCGCUGUCGGUGAAGAUCAAGGCGGAACCGAUAUCACCUCCCCGGGAGCACCACGCGUCGUCCCACCACCAUCACAACAAUCUGAGCGGUGCCGGUGGCGGAGGAGGAGGCGGUGGAGGCGGCGGUAACGGACAGAACAACAGCAACAGCAACAACCAUCAGCUGACGGUGACAUCGAUGGCGUCAGCUGGCCACAGUAAUUCGUCCGUAUCGCUCGGCAGCAGUUUGAACCAUUCGCACCUGAUACAUUCGAGGCCUUCGUCGACGGGGCACCUCACGCCGACUCCAGGUUCCCCUCUGUUUGCAGGUUCCGUCACACCCACCAAUGCACCGUCGCCGGUCGACAUCCGGCACAUUACCGUCGGCGGCGGUGGCGGCCAUCUGCCCGAUUACGACUCCCCGGUGUCGUCGAACGCGCAUAAAAGACCAAGAAUAUCCGAGGGUUGGGCCACAUAGCCCUCAAAGGGUGGCGGUGUCCAACAGCAACAGCAACAGCAGCAGUGUUUCCUCGACGAUAACUCGAACCAGAUUCCGCUGGGUAGUGGCAGCGGUGAGAAUGAAUUUGUUCGGAAGCUGCAACAGCAACAGCAGCAACAACAGCAACAGCAACAACAGCGAGCAUCGUCCUCGCAGCAUCUCCAUCCGUUCUAUCAGAGUGCGUGUGUGAAUAGUAAUAGUAAUAGUAACCACAGCAGCAUCGGCGGCUAUCCCAGCCAGUCGACCUCUCCGUACAACACUAACAACAACAGUAACAACGGUGGCGGUGCCCAACUAGGAGGGGGCCAUCAUCAUUCCCCGUCUCCGGUUGCAUUCGCCGGGAUGGGGAAUAUGCAUCAACAACAGCAGCAGCAGCAGCAACACUAUUGAAUGGGAAAAAUGAGAUUCAGUCAGUAAAUGUGAAUGGGGGGAAAAAGCGCUCACAAGCAAGGUUGCAGCGAAUGACAUCAUCUUAACUUAUUCUGUUAAUUGUGUACAUAACCGAUAGCGGAUUCAGAGGGAAUGUCCCCUUUUCUUUUGUUUUAAGUCCAGUUAAGUUUAAUUUUAGGUUAAUUUGAUUUUUUUUUCUUCUGGUAAGUGCAAUAAUAUGUUAAACAAAACAUAACUAAAUAGCGAGACGGUUUAAAGUGAAACUUUUUGCGAGGAAGUUAGUCAUUUUUAGUAUCCCCUGUCUGUCAUUCGCCACAGGAACGGCGAAAGCAGAAAUUGUGCAUGUGUGUGUAUUACUAUUAAUUGGAAAAAGGGAGAAAAGUGUCGCGUCGUGUGAAAAGUACUGUGGAUUAGUACCGUCGAAAAGGUGGCCAUUCUGCCAUGUAGUCAAAAUGCAAAUUGGUAUAAUCGGCACUAGCAAAUGUAAUAUGAUCGGAAAUAUUAGCUUACAGGACAAACUGAAUGUACCCGGGCUGUGUCUGUCUGUCCGACACGGCACGGUGUGGAGGAAUGUUUUGUAUACUCCGUAUGUUUAAAUACAUGUGCGAUGUGAUUGAUGUGAGAUAAAUCACGUGUGAAUGUUGUCCGCCGGAGGCGGGUGAGGGAGAACAAUCCUGCACGUGUUACUUGUUGAAGAAACAGUAAAAAAAUCUAAGGCGAAAUAAGAUAAAACAAAACAAAAAAAUCGGUUACCGAUUCUAGUACAUUGUCGAAGGUGAAAUAGAUAGGCGUUUGACAGCAGAGAUAGCCAUUAUUUACAGUCAAUUUAUUCGCCUACUAAGUGGGCUGGUAGCUGGUGCAACAAUCAUGGAUUAAUAUUAAUAACGGAUGAAGAAGAAAACUGGAACGGAUUUCAAACAGAAACAGUGCAACCAGCGAGUAUCUGUUAGAGAGAUAGAGGAGGGGACACAGACUUGAGAAGGAGUUGAUUGUGUUUUUUCCGGCUAACAAGCGUGAAAAACACAAUCACUUCCAAUUGAUCUUAACAACCUACGGGGGGGAGCAAUUUACGAAAAAAAAAAAAACAAAAUGAUACUCAUUAUCUUAAAGCACAGAAGUAAAAUGAACCACACAGCACACAGGCUAUAGCGCUCCCCGUAGUGAAAACUACUCACCGAACUCUCACUGUUCCCGGCAGUAGCUGCAGCUCGGUGAUGAUGGUUAAACUGGACAGUAGGUAAAAAGGACACGAUACAAAUUUGAGAAAACAUAUCAUCGGAUCGGAGGGAUGCGAGUUUUCUUUCGCAGUGUUGAUGCUUCAAAACAGCUCUUGUUUUUGCAGCUCGCGCUGCAGUGCUCGAUCAAGCAUCAUUCUUAGAUACCGGAUGUUAUUCUGUAAGAAAACCAGUAAUAAUUAACAAGAAAACCAUGCGAGAAUAAACUAUAUCACAGAACAAGGAUGAAGAAAUGAAAAAAAAAACUAAGUAAAACAUAGUUUGUGUGCCAUUAAUAGGAUUACUUUCAGAAAGAAAAAUGUAUAUUUUAAAUAAAGUAAAACAAGAGAAGUGAAUGAAUACUGCAAAAUUAUUAAAUUUACGAAGGAUUAUAAUUUUUUCCCGUUUUACGUUGAACACUUACUACUACUACUACUACCAUUUUGUGUACUACAGCAUCCACAUUAGAGCGGCGUUUCAGAAAAUAAUGCUACUAAAGCAGGAUCGAAAAGUAAACGUAACCUGCAAUUCAUACAUUUGUCAAUUUAUCGUUUUCCGCGAUGGCUUUUGUUUCUAGUUUUGUUUAAUUUCUAGUAGUACAUCAGCAGCAGCAGCAACAGUAGUAAUCGAAACAAACAAACAAACAAACAAACUGUAGUAACGUUCUUAUCUGUUAUCGAGUGAUGUUACACUCUCGAUCGAAAGUGUGGCACAGAAGAAACAAAAAGUAAAAAUAAAAAAACAAAACACUAUAUUUAUUUUUAACGAGAUCCUUUUUUGCGUUUGUUUGAAAAGUGAAAAAAAAAACACAAAAAUGCUGCUAGAAGGUAGAGUCGCAACAAAAGAAACUAUAUAAAUCUAAAAAGUGUAAAUUAUUCAUAAAACGGCGCAGACAGACGGUUUAGCAAUUGACAGGCCAAAAAUAGGGUGUGCUGAUUGAUUGAGCGAAAGCCAUUGAAUUCACAGAACUAGUAGAGAGAGAGAGAGGAAAGGAACAAAACAUGAAACAUGUGUUUGAUUAUCAUUUUUUCUGUUAGUCGAUUAGAGUUGUCUCUUAGCUUAAAUUUCCUUUUUUUCCAGUCAUAGGAUUAGCGACAUUAUUUUGAAAUAAAAACAAAAUGACCUUUACAAUGAGAUUCUGAGCCCUCGAUUCGUUUUUUUUUUCUUCUUUCGCUUUUGUUGACAGACCAACAGGUUCUUUAUUUUCAGAUCGGUUCCUUGAACGCGUAGUUAGUAGCGAAAACUAGUUGAAUUAAACGGUAAGGAGACAAUUGCAACAAAUUAUCGUAAUCUAACAGCCAACACUUGCUAAACUAACAGAUAAAUUUUGUAGUAGAAAUAAUCCAUCCAAAGACGUCGGUAAACUAAUUAAAAGAAAAUCAAUUUUCAUGGGAAAAAAGGUAACACAACAAAAAAAAAAAUCCCUAAUUCACCCAUAAGUGUAAUGUAAGUGUAGCAUGAUAAUAACAAAUACUAAAAAUUGUCGACUCCUUUUUCUUAGAGAGGAUUGAACUGUAAGACGCUUCUGAAACCGGGGAAACCCCUUCCUAACUAAAAAAGAAAAGAAAAAAAAAACAUUCAUACGUCAUCCAUUGAUCCAUUGAGACGACUCAAAUCAGAUGCCUACAAACUAAACAAGCUCUUAUUA